AACAAAUUAAUUAUGUGAUAAUGGCUACCAGUGAUAAUGGCUACCAGUUCCAACUAACCAAACACGUGAGAAAUGGUCAGCUGACCACGUGAGUUUAGCUACAUUGCUGGACUGAAUUGUUAGAUGGAGCUAAACAUCAAUGGCUCGAAAUCAAAUCAUGAAAGGAUCCAUUUUCAUUUCUCUUUCCUUCACUGUCAGUUUUACUACAGGCAUCUCAAAUCUUAUAUAAGCUACCAACGCCUGACUUUAUUAGAGCGCACAAUUGUUAUCUUCUAUUUGCGGUGAAAAUUGGAGUUUUUUAAGCUAAAAACAAGUUUUAGUCCAAUUCAUCAAUCUUUAGAAAGCCAUGGGAUCAGAAUCUCAGACCGUUUGUGUUACCGGAGCAUCUGGGUUUAUUGGAUCAUGGCUCGUCAUGAGGCUCCUGGAGAAUGGUUAUACGGUUCGAGCCACUGUCCGUGACCCUGAUAAUGCAAAGAAAGUGAAGCACUUGAUUGAGCUGCCUAAAGCUGACUCCCACUUGACUUUGUGGAAGGCUGAUUUAUCUGAAGAGGGCAGCUUUGAUGCAGCAAUUCAAGGCUGCUCCGGAGUGUUUCAUGUUGCUACUCCAAUGGAUUUUGAGUCUAAGGACCCUGAGAAUGAAGUGAUAAAGCCAACAAUAAGUGGAGUAUUGGACAUCAUGAAAGCAUGCCUCGAAGCAAAAACAGUUCGAAAGUUGGUGUUCACAUCAUCAGCUGGAACUGUCAAUGUUGAAGAACACCAAAAACCCGUUUAUGAUGAAAGCAACUGGAGUGAUUUGGAAUUUGUUUACGCCAAGAAAAUGACUGGAUGGAUGUAUUUUGUCUCCAAGACAUUGGCUGAGCAAGCUGCCUGGAAAUUUGCUAAGGAGAAUAACUUGGAUUUCAUCACUAUAAUUCCUACUCUUGUCAUUGGUCCAUUUCUUAUGCCAUCAAUGCCACCUAGCCUGAUAACUGGCCUUUCACCGAUCACCGGUAAUGAAGCUCAUUACUCCAUCAUUAGGCAAGGCCAGUUUGUUCACUUGGAUGAUCUGUGCAUGGCUCACAUAUUCUUGUUCGAAAAUCCUAAAGCAGAGGGCCGAUACAUUUGUUCCUCCCAUGCUGCUACCAUUGUUGAACUUGCCAAAUUGCUGAGAGAAAAAUACCCAAAGUACAAUGUUCCUACUAAGUUCAAAGAUGCGGAUGAAAACUUGGAAAACGUAGUUUUCAGUUCCCAAAAGUUGCUGGACUUGGGUUUCCAGUUUAAAUACAGUUUGGAGGACAUGUUUACUGGAGCUGUCGACACAUGCCGAGAAAAGGGAUUAAUUCCUGCUCCUGUUUCCAUUGAGAAGGCAGUCAAAGGUACCACUCCUGCGUCUACUGAGAAGACAGUACUUAAUGAUACCAGUUAGAAGAAGUAAAAACAUCUACCAAAGAUAUCAUCAUUGUCAUGUUCAUGGUUUUGGUAAUGGUUGGGAUUGAAUGAAAAUAAGGAUUUUUCUAAAGAAUUGUGAAGUUUGUUCUUGCUGAUAUUUUCAAUGGGGGAGUGGACCAAAUUAUGUAAAAUCAAGUUUAUGAAUGUGUCGAUUUUGGAAGUGGUUGUUGUUAUUGAAUUAUGAUAUUUAUAAUUUAUUCCAAAAAUUGGGCACAUUUAUUAUGUUCCUAUAACUUAA